UUGUGUCGCUUAGUGAACAACAGAUUGUUGAUUGCGAUCAGGGAGGUGAUGGGGGAAUUCCUUAAUAAAGUUUAUGAAUAUAUCCAAAGAGUCGGAGGAGUGCAAACGGAGCAAGAUUAUCCAUAUGUAGCUAAGGUGCAAAAGUGCAAAUUUGACAAGAGCAAAGCGUAUGCUGCCGUAUCGUCAUAUGAUUUAAUAAGACCACGAAGAGACGAAGAUUCCCUACAAACGGCUAUCGCUCAGGUUGGACCGAUAUCAGUCAGUAGUAUCAAAAUCUAUCAAAGUUUCCAGUUUUAUCAUUCAGGUGUUUAUUAUGAACCGAAGUGUGAUGGGCUUGGUCAGCCCGGUGACGGCUAUCAUGCAAUGCUAGCAACUGGUUAUGGAUCAGAAAAUGGAAAUGAUUAUUGGAUGGUAAAGAAUAGUUGGGGAACAGGAUGGGGAGAGAACGGAUAUAUUAAAAUGAUAAGAAAUAAGAACAACAACUGUGGAAUAGCAAGUCAAGCAACAUAUCCUAUCAUGUCUGCACAACAACGAGCGCUGGCAAUACCUGAGACGACGACAUCAGGGGGAAACAUUCAAGCUUGGUCCAUUGCGGCAUUGUUGAUAAGUCUGGUGUCUGCUUCAGUUUUCUUUUGAUUUCAGUUCAUACUUUUGCUUCUAUUUUAUGUAUACACAUAACUUUUUCAUCACUCUAUUAUUGGGUUCUUAUACGCCCUUUGUAUUUAGCUUGUUUUAGGUUGGUGGAUGUUUCCCCGAGCUUCAUUUGUUGUUUAUUUCCGUAACAACUGCAAAUCAGCAACAAGUUAACAAUGACGUAACAAUUGGAAUUUAUGCCGCCGCUGAGACACCUCUUUCCAGGGCUGCCACUUUAGAUGUUUUAUAGCUAGAUCUGGAUGUUUUUUUUUGUUCGAGAUAUAGAUGUAAAAUUUGGUGUCUAGAUGUUAGCUAUAAAAUCUAGUUAUUUUUUUUCAACGUUCCCAAUAUUAUCCAGUGGGAAAUGAAUAAAGCGAUUUGUAUAUUACUGUAAUAUGUGAAUGAAUAAUAUUUCAUUACGUAGAAGUAAGUUAAAUAUAUUGAUGUAAGAUUGAUAAAACUCAUUUAUAUUGAAUUAUUCGAAUAACGAUUUAAACAUGUUUAGAACAUGUGACGUUUUAAUUGAAUAGAAAGGACGACGUUGGUCCGAUGAGUCAGUGCUUUGUAUUGCAUCGUUGCCAAUUGAUGAGAAUAAUUUGUGUAGUACAAGUUGCUUACUUUAGGAUU